GGAGCAUAGGCAUUAAAGCGAUCCAGUCCGAACCUUCUGUCAUUCUAGCAAGCAUCAUCGACGUACACUGAAAACAUGGCAAACGCGUACCUUCAAGGAGCUGAGAUUUCUGCUUCUCAGUUCCUGGAAAUCUUUCAUCAUUAUGAUAAGGAUGGUAAUGGAUAUAUCGAGGGAAAGGAGUUGCAGAACUUUAUUAAGGAACUUCAGCACGCUCGGAAACAAGCAGGACUGGAACUAACAGAUCAAAUGAGGGCUUUUGUGGAAGAAUAUGAGAAAAAUGAUGACGUAAAGAUGGAUAUUACUGAGUUGGCAAAAAUAUUACCCACAGAGGAAAAUUUCUUCCUGUUUUUCCGUCAGCAAGUGAAGUCCUGUGCAGAAUUUAUGGAGGCCUGGCGAAAAUAUGAUGCUGAUCACAGUGGCUACAUUGAAUCUGAUGAGCUUAAGAAUUUUUUGAGUGACCUUCUUCAAAGAGCAAAGAAAACCUAUGAUGAGCAGAAGUUACAAGAUUACACAGCAACCAUGUUCAAAAUAUUUGAUUCAAAUAACGAUGGAAAAUUGUGCCUGGCAGAAAUGGCAAGGCUACUUCCAGAGCAAGAGAACUUCCUGCUUAAAUUUCAGGGGGUAAAAAUGGACACAAAAGAGUUCAACAAGAUUUUUGACCUAUACGAUAAGGACAGGAGCGGCUACGUUGACGAGAAUGAGCUUGAAGCCUUGCUCAAAGACCUGUGCAAGAUUAAAAAGGUUCUAGAAAUCAGCAAUCUCUCCACAUACAAGAAUGCAAUCAUGGCUCUGUCUGAUGGUGGGAAACUUUACAGAGCAGAGUUGGCGCUGGUGUUGUGUGCUGAAGAAUUGUGAGAUUCUCCCGUCAACUUCUCUGACCACUUCUCCCCCCAAUCACUACCACCAUCCUCUCCAUACACAUACCACCACCAGCAAAGCUCUUUGCUCUUCGUGUCACAUAUGUGAAGAUAUCUAGAAACUGGAAGUAUUGCUGUUCUUUCCUUUUGGGAUCUUGUCAUCUUCAGCCUGAGUGUAUGUAGGCAAAGACCGGGGACUGAUUGCUUAUUAUUUUCAGUCUGUCCUUUCUAUACAGUUUCUAAAUGUACAGAUUUUGUAAAGAUGAAACUGAUGUAAUACCUGACCUGAACAUUGGACUCUACAUACAUGAAGCAUGAGACCACCCUAGUAGAGACAAGACAUACACUCACUCCAAAUUAACUCAAAUCAUAUUCCAACUACAAAUCAGUGAAUAAUUUCCCAAUAAAAAUUGACCUAUCCUAUAAUGUUGUACCCACAGCAAAGUGUUAGAGGAAUGUGGAUGGUAUAAAUGUGAUAUGGCAUAAAACUGUGACAUAGAGAAGUACUUGUAUGCAAUAUCCAGUAGGCUAAAUUUAUGUUUGCAGUGCAUGUUUGCAAUUGAAGGCAAGCCUUGCAGUGAGACAUUAAUGACUCUGUAAGUACAUACCAUGCUAUACCGACGGCAUCGCCCUAGCCCACUCUGCAAUCUCAUGUCAACAUUUACACUGUAAAGAAUGACAUGCUCUACCAGAGACACUGUGUAAGAGGAUCUUAUGCUUAUUAAAGUACUACCUGAACUAG